UUUUAUUCCACCCUUGACCGUUUGACGUCGAUCUCGGGUACUUUAUCACAAUGAUUGCCGCCAGGAACUUUGUCGCUCCCGCCCGUCAAUGCUUGCGGACAACACGUGUGUCCCCUCGCAUUGCCUCGCCCUUCUCGCAGCUCCGCACUUACUCCGUUGCUGCCGAUGAGCGCGUCGCCAAGUUCAAGGGUCAGAAGGACACUGAUGGAAAAUACACUGUUACUCUGAUCGAGGGUGAUGGUAUCGGUCCCGAGAUCUCCCAGUCGGUGAAGGAUAUCUUCGCUGCCGCAAACGCCCCUGUCAAGUGGGAGCCCGUUGAUGUUACUCCCAUCCUGAAGGACGGCAAGACCGCCAUCCCCGACGAGGCCAUCAAGAGCGUCCAGAAGAACUACGUUGCGCUCAAGGGUCCUCUUGCUACCCCCGUCGGCAAGGGACACGUCUCUCUGAACUUGACCCUCCGUCGUACUUUCAACCUCUUCGCCAACGUCCGUCCCUGCCGUUCCGUUGCCGGUUACAAGACCCCCUACGACAAUGUCGACACCGUCCUGAUCCGUGAGAACACCGAGGGUGAAUACUCCGGCAUUGAGCACGUCGUCGUCGACGGUGUCGUCCAGAGCAUCAAGCUCAUCACCAAGGAGGCCUCCGAGAGAGUGCUCCGCUUCGCCUUCCAGUACGCUCGUUCCAUCAACAAGAAGAAGGUCCGUGUCGUGCACAAGGCCACCAUCAUGAAGAUGUCCGACGGUCUCUUCCUCAACCUUGCUCGUGACAUCGCCAAGGAGUUCCCCGACGUCGAGUUCGAUGCUGAGCUGCUGGACAACUCUUGCCUGAAGAUCGUUACCGACCCCACCCCCUACAACGACAAGGUCCUUGUUAUGCCCAACCUGUACGGUGACAUUCUGUCCGACAUGUGCGCCGGUCUGAUCGGUGGUCUUGGUCUGACCCCCUCCGGUAACAUUGGUGACGAGUGCUCCAUCUUCGAGGCCGUCCACGGUUCCGCCCCCGACAUUGCUGGCAAGGGUCUUGCCAACCCCACUGCUCUGCUUCUGAGCAGUAUCAUGAUGCUUCAGCACAUGGGUCUGACCGAGCACGCCGCUCGUAUCCAGAAGGCUACUUUCGACACCCUCGCCGAAGGAAAGGCCCUCACCGGUGACUUGGGUGGUUCCGCCAAGACCCACGAGUAUGCUGAGGCCAUCAUGAAGCGUCUGUAAGGGAUUGGAACCUGCCUGUACUAUUCCCCUAAAUUGUUUCCUUUUUAGCCUGUGAAUGACUAGACCAAAUAUGUAGUGAUCUACUGUAUGUGCUCCCAUGUAUUUAGAUGCCAUUUAUGUUGUUUUAAUUACUACCUCGGUUCUUC